CUAAUGACCUCAAGCGUUCUCUGUUGCGCUCCGAACAUUUCAAAAACCCUUAAAACGGCAAAAACCACAACGAAUAUCUCAUAAUUCGCGUAGUGACGACACGAAACACGACAAGGACAAACCACCCGCGUCCGGCCCAGGAAAAUGGACCCUAACUCUAAAGGGAUAGAGUUUUAUAAUUAGUUAGAUGCGUGUGUCGGCGCAGGAAAAGCUAGAUUCAAGCACCAGUAAAAUGUAAUAUGACGAGUAUAAUGUAACUAUGAAAAAGAUUUUCUACUUCAAGGCAGCAAAAAAUGAUUACGAUGGUUUGCAAAUUAUUUCAUUAUUACUGGUUCUACCCUCCGUUCUGCGAGCUCAAAAUUCCCUGGGGUGCCCUGACUUAACAAGAAGUAAUAAAUGUUCGUGUUAUACGUUUGAAGACGGGCUGUUUCUUGAUUGCCAAGACACAAUAUUGAAAGACGUAAAAAAUGCCAUUAAGAGUACGUCGAAAAUAAAUUCAUUGUCUGUUUAUGAUCUCGAGGACAACGAAGAGACUUUGGGACCUCAUUUUAUACCUCAAGGCGUUUGUAUAAAGCAUAUUCACAUGUCAAGAACGGGCAUAAAAGACAUUGCAGAUGACACGUUUAUACCGCUCCGAAAGUGCCUUGAAACGUUAAGCAUUGUGUCAAGCAAAAUCAAACUGGUACCGCAAAAAGCAUUUUCCGGCAUGCUCAAGCUAAUCUCGAUCGACCUAACUUCAAACUUUAUCGAAGAAAUACCAAGCUAUAGCUUUUAUGGUCUUCCUCUGAUCAAACUCAACAUUAAAGGCAACGUUAUACGAGAUAUAUCAGAUUCCGCUUUUUCUAGUUUAGAACUUUCUCUAUCAGAAAUUGAUUUAAGCGAAAACAAUCUCACGUCGUUCCCAAUAGAAGCCCUCGCUAAAUUGAGACACCUCCGUUCUUUGCGAUUGGCCUGGAAUGAAAUGUCUUCUUUCCCGAUUGUCGAAAACUCAGACCUUAUAUCCUUAGAGUAUUUAGACUUAAAUUCUAAUAAUUUUGAAUUUAUUUCAGAAGACUGCCUUAAAUUUUGUCCGUCCCUGAUGAUGUUAUCGUUUCAUUUCAAUUUUAUCAACAGUAUUCACUAUCGGGCGUUUCAUUCCUUGGCUCACUUGAAGUCGUUAGACUUGAGCCACAAUAGAAUUAAAAUAUUAAACCCCAAUCUCUUUCAAAAUAAUAAAAACUUAGUUUUCAUCGAUCUGAGUCACAAUCACCUACAUCAUAUUCACGGUCUGUUCUGUAACCUGCCAUCACUUACAGAAGUAGUUCUAAGUCAUAAUAAUAUUUUGGAUGUGCCAAUUGAUUCUUUUCUUAAUUCUAAUAAAAUUAGUGCAAUAAAUCUAAAUAAGAAUUGCAUCAGCAACAUACAUAGUGAGAGCUUUAGUAAUUUAGGUAACUUAGCUAAGCUGCAAUUAGAUUCUAAUUACUUAAAUCAAGUGCCAUACAAUAUUUUUAUAAAUAAUAAGAAUAUAGUGAAAUUAAGGCUAGACAAUAAUAACUUUUUCGAGCUAAAUAAUUACACUUUAGGGUCUCUUAUAAACGUCAAUGAAGUUAGAUUAAAUAAUAACAGGCUUAAAUUUAUAUCCAAGUAUCUUUUUAAGAAUUGUUUGAAAAUCGUAGAAAUUCAUUUGAAUCACAAUGAAAUUAAUUUCAUUGAACCGGGAGCAUUCGUUAAUAUGAAAAAUUUGCAGUAUUUGAGUUUGAAUCAUAAUUAUCUCAUCGAUCUAAACGAUGUAUUGCCAAAGUUAGGCUCAAAUUUACUUACUCUACAUCUAGAUUCUAAUUCAAUAUCCUUGUUAAGUAACUUUGUUUUCCUAUCUCAGGAUAAGUUAAGUCAUUUAAGUUUGAGGAAUAACCGCCUUAAGUUUUUGACAAAGAACACAUUCCGAAACAUGAGUCACAUAACGAGGCUUGAGUUAAAUAACAACGAAUUAUCAAUUUUAGACGAUUUCUCGUUCCAACACCUAAACGCAACAAGGUAUUUGAGUAUACAGAAUAAUUUGUUACGAAAUAUUACAAAUUAUACAUUUUUCGGUUUGAGUGAGUUAGAAGAUUUAGAUAUUUCUCAUAACAAGGUCAUGUUUGUAUUUGAUAUGGCUUUUGAUACUUUGAAGAAACUACGAAGUCUAAAUUUAUCAUUUAAUCCGCUUAAAUUACUCCAGAAAAAUAUAUUUCAGCAAGGCUUACCUUUGAGCUCGUUGUACCUCGACAAUUGUGAAAUAAAUUUAAUAGAAAAUGAUACCUUUCAAGGAUUGAACAACCUCAAAACUCUCUCACUCAGAAACAACUCGUUAAAGGCUAGUGAUAUUUUAUCAAUUAAUAUUCCCGGGCUAAAGUAUUUAUAUCUUUCUUUUAAUGUCCUUGACUAUUUACCUCAAGAAGCUUUUUAUCAACUCCCAUUGCUGGAAGUUUUGUUUAUGGAACAUUGCAACAUAGAACACAUUAUUGAGGGCACUUUCAGAUUCAACAAAAACCUGCUAAGACUGAAUGUGGCACAAAAUAUUAUCAGUUCAAUACCAAAUAAAUUAUUUGACAUGCAAAACUCCAUUACAGAAUUUAAUAUAAGCAACAAUUUUUUAGAUAUUGUACCAUACAAUACCUUUCACAACUUCACCCAAGUGGAAACUUUAGACAUCGCGGAUAAUCUGAUACCACGAAUUGAAAUUAGUGGCUUCGAAAAAAUGACUAAAUUAAAAUAUCUUAUUUUGAGGAAGAACGAAAUUAAAUCCAUAACAGCUAAAAAGAAAAUCGAAUUUAGAGAUCUCGUGUUAUUAGAUAUUAGCUUCAACAAAUUAGACACUCUACCUUUUGUUAUUUUGGAAACAUUUCCGUAUAUUCAAAACAUAAAUAUUUCUUACAAUGAUAUUGUUUACUUUGAUUUUUUGAUCACGUUCCGUAUGAUGGGUUCUUCGCUCAUAAACUUGGAUAUUAGUAAAAAUCCGGCAAUUUCGUGGACCUCACUCAGAAGACCAGACAAUAAUACACUGGUAGGGAACAUAUAUGAAUUACACAUCAGUGCCACUAAUAUGACGAAUGUCGAUGACGUUGCAUUUGAAUAUUUCACGAGCUUGCAGCACUUAUAUCUUACCUUCAAUAAAAUAAGGCGACUGUCGAUAAGUCCCUUUGCAAAGUUAUCAUCACUAGAAAAUUUGGAUCUGAGUUUUAACAAAAUUUCUCAACUUAAAGCGAGCAAUUUUCGUGGCUUAACUAAAUUGAGAACAUUAUGUUUAUCUAACAAUAACAUUGAGUCAAUGGAAUCUUUCGCCGAAGAUUUGAGCAAUUUAAAACUUUUGGACCUCUCCCACAACAAGUUGCAAAACAUUCUUAAUGAAGAUUUAAUCAACUUGAAGGAACUUACAGUAUUGUAUUUGAGUUUCAAUAACAUUAAGUAUAUAUCAGUAACAGCUUUCAGAAACUUAAAUAAAAUAAUAGAGAUAGAUUUAGGGCACAAUAAACUACAAAAUAUACCUCUAGAACUACUUACAUCCGUAGAAAACCAUAUUGAGGAUAUAUCCAUUAAAGGAAACACAAUCACCUGCAACUGCCAGAAGGAUAACAUAUGGGUGUGGAUACAAGACCAUCCUAAAAUUAUAAAAUCGAAUGCAAUUAUAUGCCUAAAUGAGGAGUAUCCAAAAGAGAAGUGUGACAUUCCCAUCAUAUCUCAACUUUCUGUGGACAAACAUAAAGAUAACUCUGUAUCAGUAUCUUGGUUUAUAAGGAAUAGAACUGCCAUUAAAGCCCUUCAAAUUAUCUACUACGACGAGGAUGCCAAUUUUGAUAUUAAAUCUAAGUUCUUAGAAAAAAGUGAAGUUUCAACUCGCAUUAUCGAUUUAGAGCCUAACACAAACUACGUAGUAUGCGUAAUUACAUUGUACGAGGAACCGGUUAUGAAUUAUGAAUACGAACAUGAACUCAAUGUCACUGGUGCUAUAGAUGUUGAUCUGAACGUUACUGCAAAAAUCACCCAAGAUAUUGCAGCAGCCAUACUGAAUCAAUCGCCUUCAAGUGAAUGCAUUUCAUUUAACACGUUCAAAAAGAAGACAGCCAUGAAAAUUAAACCAGUUAAAGCAUUUGAUAUAUCCUCCAUUUUAAACCGUCGUAUGGGCUUAAUCGUUGGAUGUUCGUUGGGUUUUGUAGUGUUUUUCAUUAUGUUCACAAUUCUAGCGUAUACGAAAAUUAAGGAACGACAAAGAAUAGCUAAGUCUGACCCCACUUGGGCUGAAAUGAAUGACUAUCAUUCAAUGCAAAGCAAAGAAGAUAUUUUACAAAACUCAACUACGGCUUCCACUGAUAAUAUUUUACUAGGAAUGACCAAAAAUCGUAAACACUCUAUUGACCAUUUGAAGUAGCCUUAGACCUAAACUUAGAUAGAAAAUUAAUAAUAAUAUCUUUCUUAGAUAUCUGUAGUUAAAUAAUGUUAUAUUUAGAACAGACUUUUAUUGUAAACAUAUUUCUUGAAUUCUUAAUUAUUUACUAUCUUGUUAAUAGAAGCUUCACUACGACUGUUCGCUUAUGACUAGCUAAUACGUACAAUAGAGUAGGUAGUAGAGCAUAGAUGCAAUUUAUUAUAAUAGAUAACUAAUGUUAAUUAUUA